UUUUCGUAAAUAUAAACGUCAAUAAAGAUUAAUUUCAAUAAAAAUUAGUACAAAUGAUUGUAAAAUAAAUUGUAAAUCGUAUUUACAUUAUAUUGUUAUUGUUUCAGUUACUAUCUUCCAUGUGUAACUAUAAUUGAUGUUGUUGUGUUGUGGAGCUAUCAAGUUAAAAUGGACUUCUAGCCUUAGGAAACCUUAAAAAAAUACUUAGAGACCUGUCAAUCCUUUGGAAUGCAUUUCCUUUUUCCAAAAUGGUGUAAAAAAUGCCACCACAUAAAAGAAGUAAUAUAGGCAAAGUAACGUCUACAGCAAAGCAAAGUGGGCUUUCUAGAGCAUUGGAGAGUAAGACAGAUGUCCAGAAAAGGCUGCUUAGCCAGCGUUUAAGACAAGCCAGUCAUAGAGCCAAUGAAACUCCUGAACAACGUGUAUUGCGUCUAAGUCGUGCCCGUGAAUACCAGAAGAAAAAAAGACUUGCAGAGUCAGACACUGCCAGAGAAAUUCGACUGAGUAAAGAUCGCGUACGUAGUGCUAUGAGAAGAUCCCAAGAGUCCCCUUCAGAUAGAGAAGCACGUCUAAUAAGGGAUCGUGAAAGGCAAGCUCUAAAAAGAGUACAGGAGUCCGAAUUUGAAAGGAGUAUACGUUUGGCAACUGAUCGUCAACGCCACGCUUUGAGUAGAUUAUUGAAAAGGACUGAAAAACGUUCAACGGAAGGACUUCAAUCAGAUAAUGAGCAAGGGGAUAUUCCUAAAUCUCUUGAGACAAGUGAGGUAGAACAAAUAUGCAUCAAGGUUGAGAUUUUCCCUUAAAAUUUCAUAUAUGUGCUGUUAAUAAUUUUAGUGUUCCUUCAAAUGAAUUUUUACUAUAUAAAAUUGAUUACUGUAAUUGUUUUUUUCUUUUAAAAGUUAGAGAAAACGGUAUGUAACUUAAUGUUAGUUUUGAGAUUAAUUUUGUACUUAUGUGCGCAUAUGUUUUUAAGUUUGUUAUUUAUAAGGUAAUACUUAUUAAUUUAUGUUUAAAUUUAUUUUAAAGUAAAUGUACA